AUGUCGACCUCAAAAGCAAAAUCAAAAGUUCAACCAUUGAGCGAUCAGGAAAUACAGCAGACUUACUCCCGUCUGCAGAAUGAGCUUCAAAGCCUUGCUGGGAAGAUAGGCGAGUUGGAGCAAGAGGCAGAAGAACAUGGACUCGUUCUUUCCACUUUGAAUGAAGCACUUCAAGUGGAACCAGGUCGGAAGUGUUUCCGCUUGAUCGGUGGUGUGUUGGUUGAGCGCACAGUCAAGGAUGUAGUCCCUGCUCUGCAAACAAAUCGCGAAGGCAUCAAAAAAGUUAUUGCCAACCUUACUGAGCAAUACACCACGAAGGAACGCGACUUCGAGACUUUUAAACACGAUUAUAACGUUCGUCCAAUCAGCAGGGCGUAA